AUGGCCAUGCGUUCGCCAACUGCCUCGUCUGCACCUCUGGAACCCAUCAAGGAGAUGCACGACUACAACGGCAACGUCGCCAACCACGUCGCCAUGGACCAGUUCGUCCUACGGUUCGGCGUCACCCCUCGUACGGAUGCGCCCGUCAUCCACCGCCCUUGUCCCACACUUCAGCAGGCACGACACGAGUGGGAAGCUCAAGACGAUUCACCCCCGCAGCAAGGCCCUCAUCGACGGACUGCUGCCGUCGCCUGCUGA